UUCUCCUUACUUCUUCAGUUCUCCAAUUUAUUCUUCGGUUCCCUGUAGGUCUCUACUUCUUCCUUCUUCGCUUGUUCUUAUUUUUCCAGUUCUUCGCUAUGUUGAAUUCUGAAAUAGAAGACCAAGUUUUCAACUUGUUCGAGGAUUUCAUGGCCAGGGUGGCCAAGUUUGAUGAUUUAGUGAAUCUGGGAAGCAUAUUACUCACUGGCUUUCAGCAGGGGCUGGAGUUUAUGAGGCGGGCUCCGGUAGAGAAGACAUCUGAGUUGGUUAAAAACAUAAUCCGAGCUAAUGAAACACAGAGAGUUAAGUCAUAUAUUGAAGCUGGAUGCAUCAACAGUGACGAUGGCAUGCAAAAUAUGAACAAGUUGCAGACAUGCCAACUUGGACUUCAUGACCAUUUAAGCAAAGGCAAAAGCAUACUUAAUGAACUUGAAUGCCUUGUGGAGGAUGUAAUUGGUGCAAUGGAAAAUUUGUCCCCUUUCCAGGAUGACAGUUUUGCUGACAGGUUGAAUGAAGAAGCAAGUACUGAUGACAAGGAGGAAAUUACUUCAUCCCAUCCCAAAAGAAAUAAAGUUACCGAUUAUGCUCAUUGUAUGGGGAUCAUUUACAUUAUGGUCAAGCAAGACUACAUGAUGCAGGAAAGGGUUGUUUCUGCUCUGAAUGCCAAGUCAUCUUCAGGAGAGUUAGAGAGCUACUGCCUGAUGUGGUCUUUGCGCCCCUUCAUAAAGAGCGAAGUUAUGGAUCAUGCUUGGAAACUUAUUCUCUGAAGUGUCAAUGUUUGUUUACUGUUAGAUUGGCAAUUUAAAUUAAACUAAUGGUCAUAAGACAAUUCAAUUGACGACAUAAUUGUUGGUUGUUUGUCUGAGUAUUUUAGUCCAUCUUAUGAUUUAUUUAUUUUCGAAAAA